UUAUUUGUUGACUUCAACGCACAAAGUUUUCAGUAGUUUAUUUGCGGUUCAUACCUGCGAACAACUGCGUAUCAAAGUGCAAAUUUAGAUAUUAUUUAGAAUUGCGUAAAGUUAUAUUGCAGCUGUGCCAAAACAAAAAUAGAGGGUAUAUUUUUAGAAACGCAUAAUUUAUACAUGCAUAAUGGUGAAGGGUGUUGUGAUUAUCACAGUAAGUGAUACUUGCUUCAAAGACCAUUCUAAAGAUGAGUCGGGCCCAGCACUAGUUCAGCUGGUAAAGGAAAAGUUUCCCGAUGCCUACAUACACACCAUCAUUAUACCAGACGAGAAGGAAAUUAUAGAGCGAGAGCUCAAGUACUUUUGCGAUUCAAACGUUGAUUUAAUUUUAACAACAGGCGGUACAGGGUUAAGUAGUAGAGAUGUUACUCCAGAGGCUACCAAGGCUGUGAUCCAACGGGAAGUACCAGCAAUACCUAUAGCAAUGACCUUGGAAAGUUUAAAAAAGACACCAAUGGCAAUGCUCUCCCGGGCAACAGCAGGAAUAAGGGAUAGAACAUUGAUUGUAAAUUUUCCUGGUAGUAAGAAAGCUGUUAUUGAAUGUAUUGAGGUUGUGAAGCCUGUAUUGUCUCAUGCUGUUUCUCUGCUAGCUAAUGAUCUAACAGAAGUCAAAUUAGUUCAUGAUAAAAUGCAAGCAGAAGAUGGUUGUCCACACAAAAUGAGUAAAGUUGAUAUCAGUAAGGUGGCUUUGAGAGAUCGGGAAUCUCCUUACCCCAUGUUGGAAAUGUCAGUAGCAUUUAAUACUGUUGAUGCCGUGAUGAUGCAAUGGAUAGAAGGUGUGGAAAUGGUAGCUAUAGAAGACAGCAUUGGACGUGUAGCAGCCCAAGCAAUAUUGGCUAAAGAACCAAUGCCGCCUUUUCCAGCUUCUGUCAAAGAUGGAUACGCGUGUCUAAGCUACGACGGGGCGGGUAUACGUCACGUCCGCUCGGUAGUGACGGCGGGCGACACGCCGCCCGCGCCGCUCGUGUCGGGCGAGUGCGCGCGCGUCAACACCGGCGCGCCUAUACCGGCGGGCGCUGAUUGCGUUGUGCAGGUGGAAGAUACAGCGCUAAUAAAGGCUUCUGACAAUCAUGAAUCAGAGUUAGAGGUAGAAAUCUUAGUUGCUCCGAAACCUCACCAAGAUGUACGCCCUAUAGGUUUCGACAUACCAUUGGGUGCUAUGCUUCUAGAAAAAGGAGAUGUCAUAGAUGCUGCAAAAAUCGGUAUCUUGGCAGGAGCUGGGUAUCUGAAAGUGCCUGUUAGAACUCAUCCAAAGGUAUCGAUAUUGUCUACGGGUAAUGAAUUGCAAGAACCUUCGGAUGAAGUUUUGCGUCCAUCGCACAUAAGAGAUUCGAAUAGAAUAAUGUUAAAGAUGUUGCUCAAAGAGCACGGCUACGAAAGUACAGACUGUGGUAUCGCACGCGACGAGCCAGGCGCUUUAGCGGCGGCCAUUGCGCGCGCUUUACCCAAUACGGAUAUCCUAGUUUGUACGGGCGGCGUGUCUAUGGGCGAGCGGGAUCUGCUCAAACCCGUGCUCGUUAAUGAUUUCAAUGCAACGAUCCAUUUCGGCAGAGUGCGCAUGAAGCCCGGCAAGCCAAGCACAUUCGCGACCUGCGUGUACCAAGGGAAAACUAAAUUCAUAUUCGCAUUACCAGGUAACCCAGUAUCCGCGUACGUGUGUUGCCUGCUGUUCGUGCUCCGCGCUCUCCGGCAGUGCACGCGGUACAGCAGCGAGUUUGCGCGCAUGCGUGUGCGGCUGGCGCGUGACGUCACGCUCGACCCGCGGCCCGAGUACGCGCGCGCGGUGCUCGAGUUCCCGCCGGGGGACCAGCUGCCGGUCGCCACGGUGUUGGGCAAUCAGUGCAGCAGUCGCUUACUCAGUGCAAGUGGGGCCAGCGUGCUUCUCGAACUACCAGGGGCUACAGAGAAGGUUAAACAUCUGCCAGCUGACACUAUUGUCCCCGCCCUUAUCACAGGAAGGAUCGACUUAACUCGACCUUAGAUAUGUAUACUUAGCAUCUUUAUACAAUAUAGUUAUCACAAAUUAUUUGCGUUCCUUACAGUGAUAAAAUCACUAGUUUUUGCAAUGUAGUUUUUUAAUUUCACUUUUGUGUUCCUUAUAGUGAUAAAAUCACUAGUUUUUGCGAUGUAGUUUUUUAAUUUCACUAUGCCAGUGUCUCAUCACAUACUAGAUUUUUAACCAGUUUUAUAAUAAGCUCAAUUAGUUUUAAAAAAGGAAUAAAUAUCAUUUGGUGUAUUGUUGAAGAUUUAUGAUAUAUUAUUGUAGUAUAUUUUUAGAUCUGAUCAAUAUGCUCUGUGCUAUUAGCACUGCUAUUGUUAUAAAAUAUAUUUUAUAUUGUUUAAUAAAACUAUUUUUGAUAAAUA